AUGAAUCCCAAGAGCCAACAACAACCUCCCACAAUCAACCGAAAACUCAUCACCCUAUCCCUCUUCUUCCUCUUCAUCCUCUACGUCCUCACCCGACCUGACUUCCGACCAAUCAAAAUCCGCCAUGAGUACCUCCCCAACACAUGCAACAAACUCCCACUCUCCGUAUCCGAAUCCCUCGUCCACUACGCCACCUCCCGAAACACCACCCCUCAGCAGACCCUCGGCGAAAUCUCGGUCACCCUUCGGGCCCUACAGAGCAAAUCCCCCUGCAACUUCUUGAUCUUCGGGCUGGGCCACGACAGCCUCCUUUGGGCCACCCUCAACCACAACGGCCGGACCAUGUUUCUAGAAGAUUCCAAGGAGUGGAUAGCCGAGGUCAAGAAACGGGCCCCAUCGCUCGAGGUGCGACAGGUGGCAUACGACACGAGGGUCGGCCAGGCGGACGAGCUCCUCCGGGAGGCCAGCGGGGGCGCGUGCAGGGUUGUGGGGGACCCAAGAUCGUCGAGGUGCCAGCUGGCGCUGAAGGAUCUUCCGAACGAGGUUUACGAGGCGGAGUGGGAUCUGAUCAUGGUGGAUGCGCCAAUCGGGAUGCCGAGCUUGCCCGAAAGCCCAGGGAGGAUGAAGGCUAUAUAUACUGCAGGGCUUAUGGCAAGGAAUAGGAAGGAAGGCGAGACGGAGGUGUUUGUGCACGACGUGGACCGGCACGUAGAGGAUAGUUAUUCGAGGACUUUCUUGUGUGAGGGUUAUCAGAGGGUUGAAGUGAAUAAGCUAAGGCAUUUUACUAUUCCAAGUCACAGGGCAAGUAGCAGUAGUACUAGGCCUUUCUGUCCAUAG